CGAAAUCAUAUAUUAUCCCUUUACUCACACCAACCUCACAGCCUUCCCCAAUCAAUCCAAAACCCAUACCAAAACUACUCCCACAAAAACACAAUGAAGCACGCAUCAACCCUCCUCUUCGCCUCCCUGGCCGCCGCCCUCCCAGCACCCCAGGGUAGCACACCCCCCGACAACACCAUCACCAAAUACACCCCCAGCUUCCACCUCCGCGCGCUCAAUACUGGCGAAAACCAAGCCCUCUUCGACAACUCCACCUACCUCUCCUUCUCCCACAUCAGCGCCGGCAACGAUAUCGCCGCCCUCGCACCACUCUCCUCCAACACCCCAGCCUGGUAUCUCAAGGGCACAGAGCUAUACCUCCAAUCCGGCGGCGCCGUGCUGCAAUUCGCCGGCACGCCGACGCAGGGCUUUAAUUUCAGCGUCGUUACGACCGGUGCUCAGGAUGGGAAUGGGUUUACGCAAUACGGUAUUGUGGGCUCGGAGAAUGGCACGCCGACGUUUGGGAUGUACACCAGGCAGGGCAAUGAGCAGCAGUUUGUGGGUCAUAUGAGCGUCAGCCAAAAUGCGCCGUCGUAUGGGUGUAAGGGGGAUACGCCGGUAACGCAGGAUAGGGUUGUGGUUAAGUAUGGUAGUAUGCAUGUUGAUCCGGUUACGCCGGAGGGGUGUAGCGAGGUUGUGUUUGCAGUAGAGUAUGUCUAGGGGAGAAGGGAAGUAUUAAUAAGGGUUAGGGGAAGAAGAUGUACUCAUAUGCUGUUGAGAUGUGUUGGUUAUUCGCAAUGAUUUUUAAAGGACAUUUAAGAUAUAUUGUAUUGAUGUGAGGAUGUGGUAGAACUUUGUCGUACUUGUCUGAGUUUGGGUAUCGUGCGAGCUUGGCUCCCGGCAUUUCGAAAAGGAUAUAGGGGACAAGGUAUUUGAAUUUCAGAGAAUGCUAACAGAAAAAGUGAAGAGAGCUUGUAUCAACACAGCAAACUCGGAGAAUAUACACUCAGGUUGUCAAGCUC